AUGGCAAAACAAACAAACCCUAUCGUUCGUGGAGCUGAAGGAGGACGAACUCCUGCCGGCAACGGAGCCGGCAAGGGGGGAGCAGAUAAAGAUACUUGGGUGCGUGUUGCAGGAGUUCCUGGAGGUGGUAUUGGGAAAUUAGGAAACGAUCCCGGAUUGGAAUUCGUAGAAGCUAUUGAGAUAGGAAUGGACCUAGGCGCAUACGAGGGUGGCUCUGGAUACAUAGGUGGCUCCGGAUAA